CACCCGCAAGCAUUGGGGAACCACAUGGUGGCAAAGUGUCUCCAUACAGAGUGAAGUUCGCCACGGAUCAGGUGUGUUUUCUAAAUAGUUACAGUCUAACAAGAUAAAAUGUCGCAGGUACAGGCCCGGUUCUUCACCGAAAACAAAAAGUAUCUGAUAGAUGAUGUUCCGUUCUCCAUCCCUGCUGCCUCGGAGGUGGCGGAUCUCAGUGGUGUCAUCAACAAGCUGCUGGAAGCCAAGAAUGAUGGACACAAACAUGUCGAGUUUGAUUUCCUGGUUCGAGGUCAGUUUCUCCGCACUUCACUGGCCAGUCACAUGGAGAAAGAGAACAUCUCAACGGAAGAAGUGGUGGAAAUAGAAUAUGUCGAGAAGUUCACAGCCCCACAGCCGGAGGAGUGUAUCAUGCAUGAUGACUGGAUCAGCUCGGUGGAGGCAGAUUCUGAAUGGAUCCUCACAGGCUCUUAUGAUAAGACUGCACGGAUUUGGUCUAUGGAAGGGAAGGCUGUGAUGACUGUGGCUGGACACACUGAUGUUGUGAAGGAUGUAGCCUGGGUGAAGAGAAAUGGUCUGAGCUCUCUGCUCCUGACCGCAUCUCUGGAUCAAACAAUCAUGUUGUGGGAGUGGAAUUCCGAACGGAACAAAGUGGAGGCCCGACACUGUUGCCGUGGACACGCAGGAAGUGUAGACACAGUUGCCGUCGACCCCACUAGGACGAAGUUUUGCAGUGGCUCAUGGGACAAAAUGCUUAAGAUAUGGUCGGCAGUGCCAACAGUGGAAGAGGAUGAGAUCGAGGAACCCAACAGGCCACGCAAAAAACAGAAAACAGAGCAGAUGGGGCUCACACGGACUCCCCUCAUGACUUUCUCUGGUCAUAAUGAGGCAGUGUCCUCUGUGCUCUGGAUGGACGCUGAGGAGCUGUGCAGUGCAUCAUGGGAUCACACCAUCCGUCUUUGGGAUGCAGAGACUGGCGAGCAGAAGAGUACACUAACAGGCAGUAAGGUAUUCAACUCUAUCUCAUACUCUCCACUGUGUCGCCGUCUGGCCUCGGGCAGCACCGACAGACAUGUGCGUCUAUGGGACCCAAGAUCUAAAGAUGGCUCUCUAGUUCUCCUGUCUCUGACGUCCCAUAACGGUUGGGUGACAGCGGUCAGGUGGUCUCCAUCUCACGAGCAUCAGCUUGUGUCAGGAUCUCUAGAUAAUGUGGUCAAACUGUGGGACACAAGGAGCUGUAAAGCUCCACUCUAUGAUCUUGCUGCCCAUGAAGACAAAAUUCUGUGCGUUGACUGGACAGAGAAUGGGUUGAUUUUGAGUGGAGGAGCAGAUAACAAACUCUACACAUACAGAUACUCGACAUGCGUCUCGGAUGCAGGAGCGUAAAUCUCUCUUCUCUGUCACCAGUUGUCAUUUUACUUCAGGAUCAUCAUGGGAACAUAAGCAACAUCAACUUUGACAUUAUAACCCACAAAAAUCUUACUUACAAGAUAAAUAUUUGCCUUAUAAGAGACAAAUUUCUGUUUAAAUCGUGUGUAAAACCAUUCUUAUGUACACUGUCACAUUCAAAUCAGUGGGAUGCUUUACAUGUGAAUGGAUUUAAGAAUCAUUUGCACUAAUUUGAUGAGAUUCUGUUCAAAGAGUUAGGCUUAUUGACUCAUCCAGCCUCAUUCAAUUAAAUGUGACAUAUUACAUAAUGGGUUUACCAAUGAUUUACACACAAGUUAAUAAGUUUUGCUCAUGU